GCUCCGCACGCUCGCUGCGCAAACGCAUUUGUUGCCAAACAAAGAGUCGCGUAAACAAGAACAGCAAAAACAAGUCGCUCGAUGUCGUCGACGGCCCACGUAUGGAAAAGCAGCGUCUCGGUGUUCCGUGAGCCAGUAAGGUCAUUAUCACGCUUGCAGCUGCAGUAGCGAGAACGAACCGGGUAGUCCGGGACAGUUUGCCGUUUGCCCGGAGUACAAGUGCACGUAGUGUUCCACGGCUCUCUGUCCUUUUCCGGCAAUUCCGCCUGAGUGCUUCACGGCAGGUUUCACGGUCUCUUGGUGCGGUUUCAUAUUUUCGCAGCUAGUAAUUUGUAUCGCGAGCUUUAAAAACCAAAGGCUCGGAAAUGUUUAACCUGUUCUCGGCGAAGGAUAAAACGACUACCGGCGGUGGCCCACUCCAGGGCUACAAAAUUACGGACGUCGAGCGAAGCCGCAAGUACGGGGUGGCAGCGGACUCACUUCGCAUGCUCCGGGCAAAGGCGUCGGAAAAAUUCAAGCUUUCGGAAUGCCGUGUGUAUCUUGCCCAGGAUGGCGUGGAAGUGACCGACGAGGAAUACUUCCGGACCUUACCAGCCCAGAUACUAUUCGUCGUGGCGGCCAAGGACACUAUCGUGAAGACUGAUUUUGAGCUGAUGUACAACGCCAUUAAAUCGGCCCACACGGAUCUCCUCCAUGCAGGCGAGCUAGCUCAGCAGUUUGUGAGCAAUAAUCAGCCAGAGAUAUCGAAAAUUCUUUUCAACGCCCAACGCGGUCGGGAUGAUCUGAUACAGCGGAGCUGUCGGACCGAUCACGAGGAAUGGUUUGUAGGCAUUGACGAUCGUGCGGCAAAGACGAAGGAGGAAGUAAUGAAGCGACGCGGACAGGAUCGGAUUCGUGGCUAUUUUUACAAAACCAAGGAUGAGCUCACGAAAUGUUCCAUGUACCGUGCCAGCCCGAUGGCACGGGAGCUGAUCGAUGAGAUGCUCGAACUGUUCCGGCAGCUGUUGGUAGGGUUCGAUUACUUUAGCUGCAUGUUCGAUCGCAGCUGUCAGCGUCGGCUCGAACUGCAGCCGGACACCGAUGAACCGGACGCACAGCGCAUUCCACCGAAACGGUUAAAGCUGCUGGUGCAAAAUUCGCUCGGACCCAACUGCCAAAUCGAGCGGUACAAUGUGGCGCUGUGCAGCGCAGCCGGAGACUUUCGGUGUAUGGGCGUGUGGAAGGAGGACAAGUGUCGAUACGACAGCCACCGUAUCAAUCCGUACGCUAGCCGUGAAAACUUGAUACUGUUUCAGGUGUGGAAUCUGGACCAUCAGAUCGAGAUCAGCCGGACGGUGCUGCCGUCCAUACUGGACAACGUGGAGCGUAUGGUGUCGCGCGAGGGCGAUGCAAUCUGCAAGCUGCAUCGCCGCAAAGGGAAAACAUUGUCUGUGAUAACGUACUUUCUGGAGCUGUUUACGCUCUGCAAUCUGAAGCUGGUGCACAUCGUCUGCCACGAUAAGACCGUGCACGAGUUGAUCUCGAGCGGGACGAUCAUUUGCGAUCGGUGCGAGGAGUAUAAGUAUAUUAAGCAAUUUCAACGCAAUCUACGCUCCAGGAAGGAUGCACUGCUGUAGGACGGACAGCGCGUGGGGUUGCUAGUUACGGUAGUUCGGACGAUCUACGCGAAAUAAGUCAAAUAUUUAAGCAAAAUAUAUAUAUAUAUAUUCUAUACAAUAAACGUUCACCUCAUGUGCGCAAUAAUGUGUUCGCUAUAUACCUACCAAA